CCUCGUCACGUGAGGCGAGACAGUCUCUCAGGGAUACAUCGCCCAACUGAAGGAGGAUAAAAUAACUUCAGUUGGCGGGAAUCGCUCCCCUGUGUCGGAGAGAUGGUGCCUAUGCCCCUGAACCCACCGGAUUGACCAGUGAAUCCCAUGAGGAUUAUAUUUGUGUCGUGUUAAUGAUCAGUAAAAAGGUGUUGCGAUAGUAGCCGAUUAAUAUGGCGUACAAGUUUCGGGAGGAAAUUGUGGGAAAGAGGUUCCUAUCAGUGAGUGGCUUCAGCAAGCUCAAAGUGAAUAAAAUAAGUGAGUGGGGCUGGCGUGCUGGGGUUAUUCGUGCUGCAAGCCACAGGGAUAACAACUGCCCCGAUCUUCAGGUCCUCGUAGAGUACGACGACGUUGAGUGGCAGAGACGAGAAUGGCUGUCACCUCACCGUGACACUGUGUUCUCAUUUUUUCUCAUUGAGAAGGGCCUCUGCUGGUCAGAGAGACCGGAUCAACGACCCAAUACAAUUAUAAUUGAUCAACACUACAAUCACACGAAUAAUAAUCACCAGCAUCGUCUCAACGGCAAAUCAAUUCGAAGUACAACCACCAACAGCAGCACCGUUGCUUGGCCUGCAAUCAGUUUUUAUUCACUCGUGUCGAGAGCUCAACUCGAUGAGGACAUGAUGCCAGUGGAAUUCAUGCACGAUAGGCGAUUGGAAUUCGUGGAUUACAGCAAACUUCGACCUUUUACUCAGGACUGGGAACUCACCAAGAGUUCAGUGCCAUGGGCGAAUGCUGUGAGACGAUGGGCAGAGAUGCAGGAUGGCCAGAGAAUACUUCUAACCACACCGAGUGUGCUGGUUGGCUUCAGGGUCGAAGUUUAUCGUGCUGAAGGUACAACACAGUGGUACACUGCUGUUAUUGUCGGUUACAAUGAGUCAACCAAGGAUUUAACGGUGACAGAUGACACAGUUUUGGAGGACCAUAACGAGGAUCCGGGGCUUGUUCAGAUGCGGCUCAUCGGAGAUGGAGUGGUGGAGAGUAUCAUGAGGGGCGAGGUUGUCGGCAUGACGCCGAGGAGGUCGAGGUCGUCGACUGGCCUGAUGACGCACGCUAUCGUUGUGCCACGAGUCGGAAGGAGACCUCGCGGACGGCCGGGAAACGUCGCGUUACCAGGAGCUCAGGCACUCGUUCCUCCGCAAAUUGAAAAAGAAAAAGUCACAUCCAGGAAUAACAAUCGUCGUGGACGAGUGAGUGAGGGAACAGUACGUGACAAGGUCGAGGAAUUAUCCAAAGAGGACAGAGAGAAUAAGGGCCCAACGACUGGUAAACCUGGCAAUCGUACCCCAAGACCGGUGCUCGAAGAGACUAACAACGCAUCAGGUAGUGCUGGUAAAUUGCGGAAACGUCCAACCGGUAUAAAGAGUAACGAGAGCAAUUCACGUAGAUCAGUUCGAAGUAGAAGAACCCCAGUUAAGUUUGAAACAGAUAGAACUGACGAUGGGGAUCAUAUCGGUGUGAAAGAUAAAGAAGAGAGAUUAGAUACAAGAACAUCAGAGGAGGAGGAGAUUGAUGAGGAAGGAUUGGAGGAGGAUAUCGAGGAAAACGAGCAUUAUCAAGAGCCUACGGAUCCCCUCGUCAAGCGUCUAAAGACAAGCACUCGAAAAUUGAGGUCAGACAGUAAAGAAUCAAACGAGAGUAAGCAAGUUGCAGGUGAACCAUUGAACAAAGAAGAGAAUGAAGAUAAAAUCGUUGACGUAAGACAUUCGAGCGUUGAGGCAGAGGAGGACAGUGAAUCACGUGAGCGUGAUAGAGAGCCAGAGCCACCACCUGCUGAGACACCAGACACUGGUGGCAAUUUGGUGAUAGACGUUGAGCCAAAGGACGAGAUACAUUUGAAUGGAGAAAUUGGUGAAUCAAUAGGUGAAAGUACUUCACCAGAUCAAUCUGAAGAUCCAUCCGAGGCCGAGGGAUCGAAUAGCCAACAAGUGAUUAAGGAGAAGUGCAAGGGAGUUGAGAAGAGCGAGGUAGAGUUGAACGAGUCUGGCAAGCAGGACGGCUCCGUGCUGGAUAGACUUAGUCCCGUGAACGGUGUGCCGGGGCGUCACAGCCUGCUCCAUGAAGAGCAGGAACGUAACCGGCACAACGAGAGUCCAGUGAUACUAGCUGAACGAUUGAACAAACCACCACCCUCGUCAAACGUCUCUGCUCAUCACUAUCCACAGCAUCAUCUACAGCAAUAUCAUCCUGGUAGAUACACAACAGGCAGCCCGGUGAUUCAUCAUCAUCGUGCUAGUCCACAUAAUCAGCAUAUCCUGACAUCGGGCCUCAUUGAUGUGAGUGACAAAGGAUCAUCGCAAUCGUUGAAUUCAUCGCGCAUUGGCGAUGAUGCCGGCAGCCAUCUCAUGGAGGUGGAGGCCGGUGCUAUUGGUGUACCUGGGGGGCCAUGUGGUGUCAUCGGGAUUACACCAAUUACCGGUAGAAGUGGUGCAUAUGGUGAUAGUGGCUCGGACAGUGGGAUAAGCUCACUGAGAAGUGCUGGAUCUGGUGACGAGAGAAGUGGCAGUCGUAGUUCAGCAUUGAGUGCUGAAGACACUGCUGUACCAUUGACUGUUGUUAAUUCAGCACUACCAGCGCGUAUUUGGCACGUACACAGUGUACAACAUACUUCAUUGAUGAUGGCACAUCCAUCGAGUGGUACUGCUGGUGGUGGUGCUAGUAGUACUGGACAAACUGUAACAGCACCACCCAGUACAACACCAUUGGGAUAUCAGAGUCCUGCUGGGCAUCAUCAUCCGGCUGCUGCGGCUGAGAUGCUGUGGAGGCCUCCCAGGUAUCCGUCAUUGUCGCACUCGUUGUUGGCACCCGGCCAACCGACUCCCGAAGAGUUGCUCGAGAGGGAUCGACAUGAGAGAAUGCUACGGGAAAGGAGAGAAGCUGAGGUGCGUGAAUUGGAGAAGCGCGAACGGGAGAGAGAGGCCAAAAUGGAGCGUGAGAGACUGGAGAAGCAGAGGGCUGCCGAGCAAGCGGUGCACAAGCACUUUGAGGAGUCCCUGAGACUUGCCCAACAAAAGGUAUCUUAUGCUCCGCAGAGAAACAUGCAGUCUGCCUCAAUGGCAUGGAACAGUUUUAUUCCACUGCCACCACCGGGAAGUAGAUCUCAUCCAUCAGCUCCACCACCCCACAGUGCCCUGACCGGUCACAGUGGACAUCAUCAUCCAGGGGGUGCAACUAGUCACUCGGUGACUGUUGCACAACAGCAACAGCAGCGCGAGAGAGAGGAGAGAGACGCCAGAGAGAGAGAGCGCGAUGCACAAGCUAGAGAACGUGAACGUGAGCAUUUAGCAGCUGCCGAGAGACUCCACAGACAGGCUGAGGCGAGGGAUCACGCGGUUGCACAGCAACGAGCUGCUUAUUAUGCAGCCACUGCACCAUCGACUGCUCAACAGGUACUGAGACCAUCGAGUGUACCAAGUAAAGUCGACUACCCGCCGCCGCCAGCUCAUUCGAGAGCCUCAAAAGCCUCUCUCCCAGUGACGUCUCACCACGACAAGCCCCAAGUGGUGGGUCCCCCCCCUCUCCCAAAAGCCGAGCCAAACGUCAGUCUCUUCAACUACUCGGCCUACCAAGCCCAGCCCACCUACAUUCACGAAUUAAAAUCCAAAAAUGAUCUCCAACACAAAACCCUAUCGGGCAAGCCACUGGCCCACGAUCGUGACCAUCACGGUCGAGAAUUACUGCCAAAUCCGCCGCCUCUCCUGCCGGACCACAAGAGCUCAGUGAUAGUGAAAAACGAGGGUAGAGAGCACCAGAAAGUGCCGCCCCCGCACUCGUCGAGUCCCAAAAUGAUGUCCUACUUGAAUGUCCAACAAGUGGGUCCCCCCCAGUCCCAGCAGCACAAGGGUGUCACCUACGAGUAUCGCAGCCCAACGCAGAGCCCCCACCACCUUCAUCACCUGGACAAUCUCCAAUCCAAAGGACUCCCAAGUCACCACAGACAGCCACAAACAGGUCCAACGUUACCCCCAAGUCCCCACCAGUCCCAUCCCCACAAUCGUCAAUCACCCCACGGUCAUCCCCACCAAACACCCCAUCCAUCGCCCCCAGAAGCCCGUUACCUCAGCAGGCCGGAGACCGGUCUUCCCUACGCCCCCCCAAAAUCCACCUACUCCUAUCCUCAUCCACCAAACGCCUCGCCCACCUCUCACUAUCCUCCAAAUCCCGGCUCAAAACCAAAAGUCAGCAGUCCAGCACCACCUCACAUAUACGGCAAACCAAAUUCUGGAAUAAUGACUGGUACACCAGUGUGUCGUGCUGAGCCUGUUGUAACAGCAACACCACUACCACUCACCUCAAAAGCAGGUAGUUCGCCUUACCAGCAAGUGCCUCAUCAUCAUGGGGCGCCACAUCUACCCCCACCAGCUCACAGCCGAGGAACAGUUUACGAUUCGCGUUUUUCAACGUCUCUACCCUCAUCAAAAUUGCCACCACUACACAGUUCACCACCAGCAGCAUCAGCUCCACGACCAGUUGUCACACAUCCACAUCAUAUGACACCUGUUCAGCCCAUUCAUCAAGCCCCAGUGAACACAAUGCACACAAAUUUUCAGACACAGCCGUUGGAUUUGGGGGUGGAGAGGUCUAGUUCACCGAAGAGAAAAGCACCAACACCUGGAGACGAUUGUGGACAGCCAGUGGCACUUGAGUGUAAAAAGAGAAGGACUGAGGAGCCACAGCAGCCAUGGUCACUGGAGUCUGUUAAGCCAAUUAUUUUGGCGAGAGUUCACGAGCUCAUGCCGUUGAUUGCCAAAGCUGCAACUGCUAGGAUGACCGAUGGCAGUACUGCCUCGGUGCCACAGUCCAAUAAUCAGGAGCAAACGGUUGUCUCUGUGAGUCCAGCCCCGAGAACAGCCAGUGGUGAUGGCUCGGUAAGGCCUGCCAGUGCUGGUAGUGUUGGUUCGUUGAAUCCAACGUCAAGUGCAACACCAAGUGCUGCACCCAGUCCAGCACCAGCACCCAGUCCUGUACCACAGGAUCCAAGUCCAGCACCCAGUGCUGCAUCAGCACCUGGCACACCUGCCAAGGGAUGCAAUCCAACUAAUACGGAUAGUGAAAAGUCGAAUAGUCCGGCUCCUAGGCCACCGAGUAGAACUAAUUAUCCUGUUCACAAGCUCAAGAAGGCCUGGCUGCAGAGGCACUCGGGGGAGGACGCCACUGAGGACAAUACUGGGGUAGUUGGCAGUGGUUCUUGUGUCACGUUACCCCUCAAUAUUGCACAAGCACCCUCACAACCGCUCAAUAGUAAGGAACGAGAGGGUACGACUACUAGUCUAACAAGUGCCGUUAAUUCUAUACACAAUAUCGGGAGUAUGGCGGUUAAUAGUAUAAAUAAGAGUAAAGUGGCGGGGAAGAGUGGGAGGAAGGGGGGGAAUAAGGAGAUCAAUGGGCAUGGGAAUGAUGGCAAGGGCUUGCAAGAGGACUCGUCGAGCAGCGAUCCAGAGAGGAAGUCGCCGCCCAAGAGGAAACCUCCCAAGGUAAAGCGAAAGAAGGGAGCUGGAAGGAGACAACAAACACCGGUGGAUGAACAGCGCAGGAGAAAAGAGGAUAAACAAGUCAGUGGUGGUGGGGCUGGGAGUGAUUCGAGUAAUGAGAGUGAGGCUGGCUCAGCGAGUGAUGAGAGUGAGACUAUUCAACCUACUUCUAAGAGGCACACAACUACAAAUUCAAACAAUUCAUCUGAGAAUGGAAGCAACAAAGAGCCACGUAAGCGUGGUAGACGACCAAAAUCAUCCAAGGGAAAUGACACUGGUGGUGAAGACCAACAGCCACGUCAAAAAAAAGAACGACGCGACGAGAGCACUGGCAGUGGUGGUGAUGGACAAGAUGGUGACAAGACAGAUCCAUUCUACAAACCAUCAAUUCUCGAGUUAAAGAGAACUGGCGACAGUUGGCUACAGGAUAAUUCGUGCUUCACUGUUGCACCGAGAUUAGUAAAGUGUCGUGAGUGCAGAAUGACACCAAAUCAACGACUGAAAACCCAACUACCGAAGAAUAUAUUCUGCAGAUUUUAUGCAUUUAGGAGAUUGCGAUACAUUAAGAGUCAAUUGGCUAUUGCUGGUUACAGUGAUCCACACAAAGAUGCCUCUGAGGAUGACCUUCGUCUCUGGCUGCCUGGUAAUCACGAGCCUUCGGCCAACAGCAAGGACGAAAAAUCGGAAAAGAAUGAGGACGAAAAACCAGCGGAUAAACAACCGUUGGAUCUCGAAAUGGCGUGCAGACUGUUGAGGCAGGUCGGCGAUCAAUUUUGUGAUCUUCUUCAUCAGGAGAAGAACGCACUGCAGGAGCACAUGGCCGAAGCGAGUUCGGGGGUUGUAGACGGAACAGUUGCUUGGAAACGAGUCAUUCAGGGAGUUCGAGAGCUGUGUGACGUGUGCGAGACAACACUUUUCAAUUAUCACUGGACUUGUGGCCGAUGUGGUUUCGUCGUAUGCAUUGAUUGUUACAAGGGCCGAAAGGAUGGAACAAUAAAGAUCUGGGGAGAAGGUGGAAAGGGUCGUGACGAUUUCUCCUGGCUGCUCUGCACAAAUCGUCAGGUUCACGAGCCAGAAAGACUGAUGCUUACCCAAAUGAUAGCUGGUGACAGUCUAACAAAAAUCGGUCACAUGCUCCACGAGGCACGUGCCGAGUGGGGAAUCCCCCAGCACUGUAGUUGCUCAAUAGCAAAAUCAACAACAGCCCAGUUGAACGACACCCUCCGUAGUCUGGUUAAAGGCGAGACCGUGACCCUUAACGGCAGUAUAAAGCAGGAGAUGAAAGACGACAAGAGAAAUCAAAACGACUCCAACGGAGGAUCCGAUGCUAAGACAAACGGUGAGGACAAGAAUUCCCCCUUAAAUUGGCUAGCUGACGUUGCACUGCAGAAUCAAGAUAAGAACGACAGUGGCUCGAGUUCAGAUUCCGACGAAGAUCGUGAUGGAAAUUACUCGACACUGAGGGAACUGCUCAUCAGACCCUCACACAAACCCAAUGGCAGUGGUUCAAGAUCAAAUUCCCCAACGAAUUCACCGGGGAACACGAAUCAAACUGGCAACACAAGUCAAAAUAGCACGAUAAAAGCAGGAAAAAAAUCCAAGAUGGACACGUUGGACGAGGUAAUCUCCAGUGUUAUCGAGCACAGUGUUAAGAAGGAGAAAGACAGCAUUGACAAUGACGACAAGCCUCGAGAGCUGAAGCACUUUGUACGAAGGUACAAGUGGACUCAGCACGGUCGUGAACCCCUGCCAAUCAGAAUAAUGACACUGACUGAGAGCAAAAGUCUGUACCCAGAUGUCCCCCACUCGUGGUUGUGCGAUGGUAAACUACUGAAGCUCAACGAUCCCCACAACAUCAACAACUACAGGAUAUUCCAGGAUCAGUGGAAGCGAGGACAGCCAGUAAUUGUGUCUGAUGUUGCUAAAUCACUUGACAUGGAGCUCUGGCAUCCGGACGCCUUUGCACGAGACUUUGGUGACGAGAAGAAUGAUCUUGUCAAUUGUAUGAAUGGCAAUCUCGUGCCAAAUCAGCCGAUGAAAAAAUUCUGGGAGGGAUUUGAGAAUUUUUCAAAGAGGCUGAAGGAUGACAAGGGCAAUCCAAUGCUGUUGAAACUCAAGGAUUGGCCCCCAGGCGAUGAUUUCGCUGAACUCUUGCCCUCUAGAUUUGCUGAUCUCAUGAAAGUCCUGCCAUUGUCUGAGUACACACAUCGCGAUGGACGUUUGAAUUUAGCCAGUAGGCUUCCAUGCUGCUUCAUAAGACCUGAUCUUGGGCCAAAAAUGUACAAUGCCUAUGGCUCAGCAGUUUACUCCAACAAAGGCACUACAAAUCUUCAUCUAGACAUUUCGGACGCUGUCAAUGUUAUGGUUUACGUGGGAAUACCACAGGACAGCGAUAAAGAGCAGCACAUUGCUGAGGCACUGAGGGCCAUCGACGAGGCUGGCUGUGAUGUAUUAACAAAACGUCGUGUACGCGAGAGGGGCGAGGCACCUGGUGCACUGUGGCAUAUUUAUGCAGCACGCGAUGCCGAUAAGAUCAGGGAUUUACUGAAUGCCGUUGCUAUCGAGAGAGGUGCACGACUCGAGCCACAUCACGAUCCCAUUCACGAUCAGAGCUUCUAUCUCGAUGGCAAAUUGAGAAAAAGACUUUACGAACAGUAUGGCGUUGAGGGUUAUGCUGUUGUCCAGUGUCUUGGUGAUGCUGUCUUUGUGCCAGCUGGUGCACCACAUCAAGUCAGAAAUCUUCAUAAUUGUAUUAAAGUUGCUGAGGACUUUGUGUCACCUGAAAAUGUUUCACACUGUUUUCAUCUUACUCAGGAGUUUCGAGCACUGUCUGAUACACAUACUAAUCAUGAGGAUAAACUACAGAUUAAGAAUAUUAUUUAUCAUACUGUUAAGGAUGCCCUUACGGUAUUGGCUAAUGCCAAGGAGGAGGCAAUCUCGAAGCUCAAGGGAAAGGUCGAGGUCAAGGAGGAGACGUAGUUGUUGGGCCGAUGAUUAUUGGAGAAAUAUUCAGUGUCAGGUUGAACUGACUUUUAUUUCUUGUUUGAUGAAUUACAAGAAAUUUGGUGUUUGGAGGUGGAGGGGACUUGAGGGGUCUCUGGUGGUGCUUCAAACACGUGGAGGGGAUGGAAUAGGCUACGACGUGGGACAUUCAGGUGAAUGGAUUUGUUUUUCCAUUGGGAGAGGACCACGCGCCCUAGUUUGUUGUGAUAUAAAUAUUUGACGAGGAUUUAAUUAGUGGAAGUAUCGAUUUAUCAUUUUUUUUCUCUCAUUUAAAAAAAAUUUCGAUAUUGGCUGAGCCAAUGGCGGUUACACGUUGUUUAUCCGUUCGGUUAUCUCUUUCACCUCGAAUAUUAUUUUUCAGCAGAAGGAAGAAUUCAAUAGUUUUUUUUAUAAGAACAUUUUUUUCCUUUUUCAUUUAUGGUUAAGGACAAUGAAGUCCCUGAGAUUUAUCACCAUUUUCUUUAGUUAGUUUUUCUUUUUUUAAUGUGGAUUCGAGGGGCUCUGGCCGCUGUCCGAAAUAUUAUUGUGAUACCAGAGGGUCUUUUGGAUCAUAAAAUCAUUUGUAAUUAGUUAUAUCGUGCCUGUAUCCAAUACACACUGUCUAUUCUAUUAUAAUUGUAGAUAAAUGAUUUAAUUGUAGUUGUAAUGAUAAUGAUGAUAUUGUAAUAAAUUCCUUAUGGUUGAUUAUGGAAGAGAGUGUGAAAGUGUGUACAGAUUAAUGAACUUUGUGCAAUUUGACGUUGUUUACCAUCGUAUUGCCCUGUUGGACUUAUUCAAUAUGAAUGAAUAAAUAAAUCCGUGUGACUGUCAGAUUAAAUUUUCAUUUGGGUGAAUUUUUUGGGUUUUGAAGAAACAUAAUGUUGAUGAACACUGCCUCUAGAUGGAAAAUUCACGUCCAGACAAUUUUCGGUUUAUUCUCAAUUUUUUUUAACUACUUGUGAACUUAAUUAAUUGGGGAUUACAUCUGGUACAUGACAAAAUGCCGUCCUUACUGAAUCUGGACUUGUGUUUAUUUUUUAUCAUUUUGAGGCACAACUUUGGAAGACAUUCGUUUUAUCUAUAGUUAUCGCUGUACAACGGGCUUUAUGUUAAUGUAAAAAUUAUGAAAUUUUCGAAGUGCCAAUGUUGAGCAGGGGUGGUGCUUAUAGUCAUUGAUAAAUUAUUGAGGAGGGAAAAUGUAUCGACGUAGAUUAGUCGUAAAGUGGAAGUGAAUGCCUGGGGCUGAGUUCCUACACAUUUUUCCUUUUUCACGUGGGUGAUAGCGUUAGAGUGUACUUUAGGCUCAAACUUUUCGUGGGGGAAUUGGAUCUGUGCUCAGUGGGUCACUAGAGAAAAUUUUCAAAGGCACAUGGCACGGCUUGGGGCAAGACGGGAGCUUGUGACUUGCAGAUUUUCAUGUCAUGGAAUUUUUGAGGGAGUGGAGUUUCGUGGUGACCCUAGACUGAGCUCAAUUAAUCAAUUUCCUGAGUUAUGGACAUUGAGAAAAAAGUCACAAGUGCCCGUUGUGCCCCCCAUUCUGUGCUGCAGGUACGAUUUUUCGGUUUCGUUGAUCUCAAUUAUUUUCUAGCGAACACAACGAGUUGAUUCAAUUGAUUUUUAAUGAGUGAUUUUUCGAGUUUCCCCCUCUUUGAAACGUACGUUUGAUGAAAUUAUACGAGUGGAGAGUCGAUACGUGUGUAUAAAGAAUUUUAGGAGGAAAAUGGAGAGAUUGAAACAACAUAAUUGGUGUAUUGUCAUCAGCAGCAGGUAAACUCAUUGUUUUAUCGCUAAUUUCUGUAAAUACUGCGAGAGUGAGGAGUACUGUGUUUAUGAGCAUCGAUAUGUAUACUAUACAUAUAUAAAUAUGAAGAUUAGGGUGUAAGGUUUAUGUACACACUCCAGUCAGUGAGGAUCGAGGGAAUUUAUGAAAAAAAAAUUAGUAAUUUAGACGCGUCUUUAGAUAGGUUUAUUGUCAUUAUCAUUCUUAAUAUAAUCAUUAUCACGGUUUCAUUAGAGAAAACAAAACAUGAUAUUUAAAUGUUGCUGAUUAUGUCGAGUAGGGGAUGAAAAAUGUGGAGUAGAAAAGCAAAAAAAAACGAACGUCAGUCAGUUUUAUUGUCAACUGGGGAAAAUAAUUGAGUGUUUGGAUGUUAAAUAAAUGGAGUACGUGAGUGUGAAUAGGUAAUGAGUGAUUGGGGGUAACGGGGGGUCACGAGAGGCGGGGGGAUUGGAAUUACAUAUGGAUUAAGGUGUAUAGUGUGUACAGUCUAGGGAAAAUCGUAAUUAAAUGAGUUAGAGGAAUAAUGAUUACCUAUUGCCCAGUGUCCUGGAUAACCAUCGGCCGACCCUUUCUCAAAGUCACGGCAGUUAUGAUAACCGCGGGCCGGCGGAGGUUUGAGUAUAAUUUUUUGUACUGUGUAAAUGUAAGAAUACGUUUGAAUAAGAAAUGUUUAUAUUAUAA